AUGGUUAGCAUCGACCGUUCAUACACAGUGACACCUUCUGAAACAACACCAACCACCACACUCUCUCUUUCCCUCUGCGAUCAAAUCAAGCUCUCAAAUCAUGCAUCCCAGCUUUAUCUCUUUACCAAAACCAAACUUCAUCCUUCAACAAACAUUCUCAUUACCAGUCUCUCCAAAACACUCAACCACUACUAUCCCUUCGCAGGUCGAUUAAACUUGGUCAAAGGAACAAACCACUUCCAACUUCAUUGCAACAACAAGGGUGCACACUUCUUUGAGGCCACGUGUCAUCUCACUUUAAACCAUUUAUUUGCUAAUAAUUUCGAUUCCAACCAUGUUGUCCAAAAACUACUCCCAAAAGUUAACUAUGAUGUUCCAAUUCAACAUGUUCCUUUGUUGGUUGUUCAACUCACCAAGUUCCCUUGUGGCUCUCUCACCCUUGGUCUUGCUCUUUGUCGUCCUAUUCUCGAUGGUUUCUCGUCUGUUAAUUUCGUUACCUCAUGGGCAAAUCUUGCUAAAGGAAAGAAUUUAGAUUCUAGUUUGAUCCCUUUUAUAAAUCCAUCUCACUUAGAUUCCAAAAGCCUUCAUUUACCACCACGUUUUCAACAUCAUGAGUUUUCUCCACCACCCCUUUGGGAAGGGUGUAAUAGUAAUAACUUGUUACCACUAUAUGCAACAACCACGUUAAAGCUGACAAAAAACCAAGUUAACAAACUCAAGAACAAGGUACGAGGUUAUACUAGUUUUGAGAUUAUUAGUGGUUACUUAUGGAGAUGUGUUUGCAAAGUGCGUUUUCAAGGAAAUUGGAACCAACCAACAAGGUUAACAACUUCAGUUAAUUGUAGAAACAGGUUGAAUCCACCUCUUCCUAAGAAAUACUUUGGGAAUGCAACAUUUCCAACAGUGACACAAGUUUGUUCAUUUGAUGAUAUUGUUCACAAGCCUUUAUGUUACGUGGUUGGGAAAGUGAGGGAAGCUAUUGAGAAGGUGAAUGAUGAGUAUGUAAGAUCUGCUCUUGACUAUGUUGGAAAUCAGAAAGAUAUGAGUUUGUUAAGGGACAAGUUUUACAAGUUUGAUAGAAGAAAUGUACUAAUGGGUGGUGACCCGAAUUUGUAUGUUGUUGGUUGGAGUAAUUUUCCGUUUUAUGAGACUGAUUUUGGGUGGGGGAAACCUGAUUGUUUGGUUCCUGGGUUUGUUAACUCUGAUGGUAUUGGUAAGGCUUUUGUUCUUGAUGAUGCAAAUGGUGAUGGUUUUGUUGUGACUACUUGUUUGCAACCUUCUCAUAUAGAUGCUUUGAAGAAGUUGUUUUAUGAGGAUUUGGAGAUGAUCUCUAGUUCCAAACUAUGA